AGUCGUUCUUCUUCUCUUCUCUCCUCUCUCUCUCUCUCUCUCUCUCUCUCUCUCUCUCGCGAAUCGUAUCUUUAAACAUGAUUGUUUAGAAUUAGCUUUCGCGUGACGGAUAGCUGGGGAUAUCGAAGCGAGAACGGUACGUGGAAUGGUAUGACGGGGAUGUUGCAACGUAGGGAAAUCGACAUAGGAGGGACGGGAACUUUCUUUAUUCCACAACGUAUCGGUGUGGUGGAUUAUAUACAACUUUACACGCCCACCAGAGCGUGUUUCAUCUUUCGUCAACCUUUGCUGUCCACCGUCAGCAAUAUAUUCACGCUACCGUUCCAACGAUCCGUUUGGAUAGCGAUCGCAGUUUUCCUCUUGCUGCUACUCGGAUUGCUCUGUUUUUCCACCAAAUGGGAGUAUCGAAGGGGUGCAUCAGCGAGCACGGCUCAAUAUUGGCAACAAUUCAAUCCGGCCGAACAAACGGUUAGCGAUAACUUGAUGGUUGUAUUGGGAGCGAUCGCGCAACAAGGAUAUUCUUACGAGCCGUAUCGCGUUCCCUCGAGAAUCGUUACCUUGAUGCUGUUGAUCGCAGCGCUUAAUUUGUACGCCUCUUACACGGCAAACAUCGUCGCUCUGCUUCAAUCGACCACCGACUCUAUCAAAACACCGGCCGAUCUGUUGCACAGCCCGUUGAAAUUGGGCGCUCAAGACGUGGUAUACAGCCGGCAUUAUUUCAAGAGUUUUCAAGACCCGAUACGAAGAGCGAUAGUCGAUCAAAAAGUCGAGCCGAAAGGUCAAAAUGGUUCGUGGAUGUCGGUCGAGGAAGGUGCACGCCGCGUCAGAAACGAAUUGUUCGCGUUUCAUGCGGAACGAGGCGCCCUCUACAAGAUCAUGCAGGAAACAUAUUUCGAGGAGGAAAAAUGCGGGAUCAUGGAAAUAGACAUAAUGAACAUGUUGGAUCCGCUUCUGGUCAUUCAAACUCGAUCCCCGUAUUUAGAGAUCGUCAAGAACGCAGCUCUUCUGUUGAAAGAAACCGGGCUCAAAGUUCGCGAAGACGUCCGACUGUAUACAAACAAGCCCAAGUGUCACGAACGGAAGAGCUUCGUUAGAAUAGGUUUCACCGAGUGUUACUUCGCGCUGGUCGCGUUGGGUUACGGGACACUUCUCAGUCUCGUCGUGUUGACGAUCGAAAUCGUUUGGCAUAAAAAAAUCCAGCAAAUUCGUUGGGAUCGAACGUUGAAGAGUAACGACGCCACAACUAUCGCGACGUGGAGCAAAGCUGUUCCGUUCGAAUUCGAGUUUGAGGAGGAGGAGGAGGACGACGAGCAUCCGACGACAAGAGAGAGGAUUCGAUCGACAACUCGAUUCGAUUCGAUGAACCUAUGUAAAAACCAUGAGGUCGAGAGUGCACUCGGGUAAAUCUUCGACGCACUUGGCAGGAUUGCCGGCGAAACGAGUGAACGAGGGAACUACGGUCUCCGGCGGAACCACAGCUCCAUCCUCGAUGUAACAACAAUCCUUCAAGACGCACCUCCUUCCCUGUGUAGUUGAAAGAGCACUUUCUCUCUCUCUCUCUCUCU